UCCCCAAAAAAAACUCCAGUUCCAGUUUUCAUUUUCUUUUUUUCAGUUACAUUUAAACCACGUGAGAAACUAUGUGACCAUCAUGCUGAGUUCAGACAGAGGGAUUUAUCGUCGUUUAAGAAAGAGACUCUGACUUUGUGCCAAAAUGUCAAAUCACGAGAGAAACAAGAAGCUGCUGCUGGAGCUGCUGAGGCGGCCGGUCAACUGUCAGUGUGCAGACUGCGGAGCUCCGGAUCCAGAGUGGGCGUCCUACAAGCUGGGUGUGUUUGUGUGUCUGAACUGCUCCGGCAUCCAUCGCAGCCUCUCCAGCCGGGUCAAAUCCAUAAAGCUGGACUUCUGGGAGGAUGAACUGGUGGAGUUCAUGAAAUCCAAUGGCAAUGUCAGCGCACAAUCUCUGUACGAGAAAGCUGUUCCAGUUUACUACUAUCGGCCCCGGGAAAAUGACUGUGGAGUCUUAAGAGAGCAGUGGAUUCGGGCUAAAUAUGAAAGGAUGGAAUUCACAGGAGAAAUCAAGUAUCCUCCACUUUCAUACACCACAGGUUUCUACGAGGGGAUGCUGUGGAAGAAGGGGAAAGAGAACACCCAGUUUCUGAAGAGGAAGUUUGUGCUUUCUGAGCGGGAAUUCACGCUGACUUACUACAACAAGGAAAAUGAGUCCAAAGGCCCAAAAGCUGUGAUCUCCAUCAAGGACCUAAACGCCACAUUUCAACCAGAGAAGAUUGGACAUCCUCACGGGCUGCAGAUCACCUACCAAGACAACGAUCACACCAGGAACCUCUACGUCUACCACGAGAGUCCUGAGGAAAUAGUGACGUGGUUCAACGCCAUUCGUGCCGCUCGCUAUGCGUACCUGAAGACGGCGUACCCGACAGGAAGCAAUGAAGAACUCAUACCAAAGAUAACAAGAACCUACCUCAAAGAGGGAUACAUGGAAAAGACCGGCCCAUUGCAAAAGGAGUCGUUCAAAAAGAGGUGGUUCAUUUUGGACUCUCAGAACAGGAAGUUGUUGUACUUCAAAGGCCAGCUGGACGCGGAGGAGUUGGGCGUGAUUUUCAUCGGCACUGAGAGCAAGGGCUACUCUGUGAAGGAGUGCGUCCCUAAGCAUGCCCGGGGAAACAAGUGGAAGUGUGGCGUUACGGUGGAAACGCCACACAGACAGUUUGUCUUCAUGUGCGAGCAGGAGAGGGAGCAGAGAGAGUGGCUGGACGCCAUCAGACAGGUCCUCUCCAGGCCCAUGGCACCGCAGGAUUACAGCAUUGAAGCCAACGUUAAGUAUAAAUGAUGAACGACAGAGAGGACGUACAACAGCAUGACGGGGAGAAGACUUCAGCGUUUGAAAAGCACAUGUGACUGAACUAUUGCAGCACAGCUGAUAAACAGUCUUCUGCUGUCACUGCACUGCGUCAGAACUGACUCAUCUUUGUGUCGUCAUCUGUGCGUCGGUUUGGAUUUGAGACUUUCAUGCACUCACUUGAACUGACAUCGGAACUGAUGCUCAAUCUCAGACUUCAGAAAAUACUGUAUUAUUGUGUUAAAAUCCACUCUUAUGACCAAACAUACACAUACAAGAGCAUCACUGUUAUAUUGUAAGAGAAAUAAGGUUACAUAUUAUGAUAUUUUUUUAUGAUGUUUCUUACUUUUUUAUAUUUUCAAAUUUGCAAUGAAUAAGCAAUGUUUCAUGACAUCAUGCCCAGAACAAUAAACUGCUUUUUUAAAAGUAAAAUGUGUGGUUUAGAUCAUAUAUUAUCUAUAUGAAUUUAUAAUAGAAUAUGCAAUAUAUUCCAAUAAAAGACAUGACAUUUAAAAUGUUUUUAAACAAAUA